AGGGGGCAGUAUUAGGCAGGGGGUGUGAGUAGCCGGGUGUCAGUUUCGGAAUUCCAGUUGGUUCUCCUUCGCACGGUGGAACUCGAGCCUAGCUUCCCGCUAAAGUCUUUGCUGGGAGCUGCUGCCGUCUGGGCACUCCCUCCUGGCUCUGCAUCGCUCCGCAUCUCCCGCCACCCGAAGCCCUUCGUGCAUUUCCUCUGUGCUUCUGCUCCGGGAGAGUUUCUGUUUGUUUCCUCCUCUUUCCUCUUUGUUGCUCUGAAAACCGUCCUUAGUGCAGCCCCCCGACUCCGGAGGGAGUUGGACUUUUCGAGAAAAGCGGCUGGCUGCUGCACACUGCACCGGCCACUCCUGCGGACCCGCUAGGCGCGGCGCCCUAUCCGCCUGCCCUCCCCUCCGCCUGCGUUCGUUCGCCCGAGAAGGCCCGCCCAGACUUCAUUGAUGCACCCAUUCCAGUGGUGUAACGGGUGUUUUUGUGGCCUGGGACUGGUUAGCACUAACAAGUCCUGCUCCAUGCCACCCAUCAGUUUCCAAGASCUUCCUCUCAACAUCUAUAUGGUCAUCUUCGGCACGGGCAUCUUUGUCUUCAUGCUCAGCCUCAUUUUCUGCUGCUAUUUUAUCAGCAAACUCCGGAACCAGGCACAGAGCGAACGAUAUGGCUAUAAGGAGGUGGUGCUUAAAGGUGAUGCCAAGAAGUUGCAGCUCUAUGGGCAGACCUGUGCAGUCUGUCUGGAAGACUUCAAGGGGAAGGACGAGUUGGGCGUGCUCCCAUGCCAACAUGCCUUUCACCGCAAGUGCCUAGUGAAAUGGCUGGAAGUGCGCUGUGUCUGCCCCAUGUGCAACAAGCCCAUCGCUGGGCCUGCAGAGGCCACUCAGAGCAUCGGGAUCCUACUGGAUGAGCUGGUGUGAGGCUGCCUCUGCACCAAGACCUGGAGAAGACUUCUCACCAUGUGGGCACCUGGUCUCUCUUGCACAGCUACUAGGAACAAGUCUUGGAUGAUGAUGGUCACGCUUACCCAAAAGGGAGAACGGCACGGGGCUGGUCUUCCCCCAGCAGGGCGAGACCAGUGCCAGCCUUGCUUCACCUCUCUGCCUCCUGAAGCCUCCUUCCCUCUUACUCAGUACUGAUGGCCUCAACCAGCCAGACCUCUGUAUCCUGGCACUGGACUAUCUACUGACCUUGUCCAUGCUCUGGGAAGAAACCCAUCUUUAUCUGGCUGUGAACCUGGAGCACCCUAUUCGAAGGUUCUCCAUGGAAGGCAAGCUUCCCUGACUUAAGGGCAAUGAGCUGACUCUUGUCACACCUCCAGUGUCUCAUCCYGGCUCCUCAUAGGAGGUUAGAAGGGAAGGAAGGAAAGAUCCAAGAACCAAGUACUUCCACUGGAGGUGAGGGAGGCUCUGCAUGCAACAGGGGAGAGCAGGGACCUAUAAAAGGAAUAAGUCAAUGUUUACAUGGAACCUAUUGAAAUAAAGGCUGGCUGGCUGGCUGGCUGACURCAGGGGACAGGGGCCCUGAUCCCUUCCCCUACUAGGAUCUGAGGUGCUAUCUCUCUGUUCUCUCCCUCUUCCUCAGUUAAUCUCAGAGCUUCCUAUUUCUUGUUGUGGUGUGAGAGCCUCUCUAGAGGAAGGGUUUGUCCUACACACAGCCUAAUUCUCAGAGGUUUUUUUCUAAAGGAACAAAAGGGGUCGGGGGACAGGGGCAUCUGGAGGUGACAGCAGCAAGAUACCUGCUUCCCCUUUGUAAAUAGUAUUUUUAUACUUCAUCCUCACCAUCUCAGGCUUUACCUAUGGGAUCCCCAGAAUUCAGGGGUGGGAAAGGCUUCUGCCCCUCCCUAGAGUGGGCUCGGGUGGGAAAAAGUUAUGUAUUUAAARAAAAUUAAAUUUAAUAACAAGUUUCUCUAACUGACCUUUGCCUGUGGUUAUAGCCUGAACCUGUGGGGCUCUCUCACUGCCUCCUCCUCCUUCCUCCUACCAAAAUCAGACACACACACACACACCCACUCGCUGGAACAACCUAGCCUCUUAAAUGACAUCUAGAAGAAUGGCAUGGUAAUGCUUUAUGGUACUGUGGGCACUCAGACCUUGCACCAUGUCCCGAGAGGGUUCUGAAUCAACAGGGUGUGUCAGGUGGACUGAGAAUGUCAGGAACAAUUUUCCAUGCAAUCUUAAGCAUGAAGCAUGUGGGCCCUGGCUGCCCUCUGCUCAGUGAAAAAGGGCCAUGCCCAUGGCCAUCCAGGGAGAAAGCCCAGGGUGCUGAGCACAGGCUAAGUAUUUGUUGAGCAAAAUAUCGUGUGCUGGUGAGUCAUCUGUGCAAGAGAGGCCCAUACAGAAAGUGWCAGGCCCCCAGGGCACCCCUGUGCUUGGGUGAUAGAGGGUAUGGGCACACUUUGCGUUUACAUUGGAUAGUCCAGAGGGGACUGGCAGUCCUAGUGGAGUCCUUACCACCUCUCUUAGUGGGGUCUUCUGCCCUUGCAGAGGGUGUACUUAUUCUUGUCCCCUCUUCCUCCUCGCACUCAGGGGUGACCCUGCUCUUCCUCAAAACCUUCACCUGCUACUUGCUGCCACCAACCCUGUAGGGACUGAUCUUUCCUCACAGGGACAUGGACUCCUUUAGCACUUUCAGCUUGCUUUAGUGUAGGGAAUAAAAUGCAUGACUGAAGYAAAACAAGAGCCUUCCCUCAGCUCCUGCCACGGCCUCAUGGUGGAUAUGCUGCUGGGAUCAGGAGGGAGAACUGGUGGUCAGCAGGUCGGCUUCAGCUUUCCUACCUCCUCAUCUCCCCUUCCUCUGCAAGACCAUUCAUCAGUGUUGAGUUCAUCAGUAUUAGCAUAACUCAAGAUGAAGACGUUAGCACUAAAAUGUAUGUUUCAGAGAUUUUCUAAUCGAUAUCCUGAGGUCAACCUGACAGGGGGAAAAUGCCUGGGUUGCUUCUGUUCAGUCAGAGCAGUAUGUCCACACAGAAGGGAAAAGUGGAUAUUGUUGAGCUGAUUGGCUAUGAAUCGGCAGCAGCUGGGCACAGGUUAAAUCCUAACUCCCAGAUUCAUAGUCAUCCGUGUGGUCUUGUCACUCGGUUCAGUGUUUUCAGAACACAUGCUAUCCCAGGCACUGGGAGGCAGAACAGACCUUGCCUUGGGGAAGCAGUGUGAGUAAUGUGUUUGGGGUGAACAUGCUUGUCUGACCCAGAACCCUGUGCUCAACUGCUGUGGAAGAACAGCAGGGGGUUGCCUGCUGCAAUAUGAUGCCUGA